AUGUCGAAGCAGAGUCUUCUUCUCAAUCUUGACAAGGGUCUUGACUCAUUUUUCCCUCGCUGUACUCCGGUAAUUGCAGAGUCUGUCACAAAGGAAUUCGAUUUGAACUCGAUUGAACAAACUAACAUACUCGAUACACCAAAACGACCUCGACUGAAGAAAACGAGUAAAGGUCGACGUGCUGCUACUGAGCGGCUAACAACUCUUGACACUGAGUCUAUCAAAAUCGAAGAGGACCCACGUGACUCAUUAGUGGUGCCUGUGAUAAAAGAUGAAGGUGGUCCAAUUGCUACAAGCGCACGACAAGGCCUGCAGGCUAAAGAAGACUACACAUCUGUGAAAAGCACUUUGAAGCAUGCGGAUACCACAUCACCGUAUCCACCGGUCAUGCUUAUUCGGGUCGCUGGGGAGAAACGAGUCGAUGUGAGGCUUGUGGCUCCAUUGGUGUCGUCUAUUCAUCAAAAUGCUGUUUUCAUACUAGUCACGCCAACAAAGUUGUAUAAAUAUGAGGGAGAAAAUAGCAAUAUUCUUGAAAAGACAAAGUGA